AUGGCUGUAAAAACACCAGUACAGACGCCGGAUCCUCCCAGCGUGCCCUUGUCAGCCCUCGACUCGCUUCCUACCAUAACUGGCAAAAGUGCCAACAUUAUUAGGCCCGAAGAGGAUGUGGCCGAUUUUCUUGCCUUUGAUCUUGACCUCUCUCGCCUGAACCGCAUACAUGGCCACCUCUGGAUGGCAGGCCGCCCCAUGCGCGCCCGUCCGCUGCACCGGUACAAGAUGCUCGGCAUGGAAGUCGUUCAGACCCAACAGGUGGAUCUGCAUCUGUUGAAAUUCAGCACCAAGCUACUUGUCAAGCCGCUUGCCGAGUGGAUGGUAUGCCACCAGUUCUGGACAGACUGGAUCUGCAAAGGCGGCGAUGCAGAUGGAGAGAGAGAGGAAGGCUGGCUGUGGAAGAGCGCAGCUGGCUUCCUAGUGAGCUAUGUGUGGCUGAUCACCACGCCGCUGGACUUGAAGAUUGCUCACGAAUGCUCGCUUCUACCGUCUUUUGUCACUUGGCACUGGUGGAAGACGUUUGUGCGCGACUUUAUCAAGCACGUGGACAUUGAUACCCUGCACCAGGUCAACCCCCGGUACCAGUUUGGCGACUUGCGCCUGGGACGCAUCAACACAAUCUAUCGCAUACGAUAUGCGCAUACCCAUUUUGUGCGAGGCUAUCUAUACGGCUACAAUCGCUACGUCAUCUUCUUCCAGCGGAAAAUCUCCUGGAUCCUCAUUGUCUUUGUCUUCUUUUCCGUCGUCCUGUCUGCCAUGCAGGUCGGCUUUUCCUUUCCAAGCGACUCGUCUGAGUCGCUUCAAAACAAGGACGCAUACCUCCGUGCGUCAUACGUGUUUGUCGUUUUCAGCAUGGUCAGCGUUGUAGUCAUCUUAGCAUUUGUCUUGUUCAUUUUCGUCUGGAUCUUCACUUUCAACAUGGUCAAGGCCAUUACACAUGCGAGCAGUGAGCAGAGGAAGAGAAAGGAGUUGGCUGCGCAGAGGAAGAGGGAAAAGGAGAACGGAGGCGAAUCAUGAUUUCAUGCAUGUGCUAACGAGUAACCAUGUCCAUUCGAAAAGAAAGCUGCGAAAAUGUACGUCUUGCUCUUGAUAUCAUAGCCCCGAAACGCCGUAUAGACCUAGAAUGCAAACAUCUACACC